CACGAGUUUAACAGAAUAUCUCAUUCUGCCCUUAAUAUUUCAUCGCACUCUUCGCAGAGGAUAUCUAGGAUAGGAUUGAGUCGGCUUUCUCAUAAUUUCAUGUAUUUUAUCCAGCUUUCCUUGUAGUUAACGGACUAUAUAGCUCCGUACUAAUGCUCAUUAGCCAUAUUAAGAGGAUUAGUACACUGUUUCUUUUAAGUACAGAUUACCUCAGUCUUUCUUUUUAAUUAAGCUGUGAUCCUAAUCCAUAGCUUUUAUGUUAAUCUAUGAUUAUCCAUAAACUCAAAUAGUCAUAAUUAACAGCCCAUUGCUACGUAUUUUUCUGUGGUCUAGAAAUGACUGAGUCAGGAAUGUUAGACUCCAAGACGCCUAAAGAAAUGCACGAUUACAUGGAAAAUCUUGGAUUGGGCUUCGAAUAUAGUUGUAUACGUGAAAACAAUCCUAUCAGCUGUCAUUCAUGGGCAGUAUGGUGUAAUGAUUAUAAAAAACUCGCUGCCAAGAGUGUUGAGAUUCUCAAAGAGAAUUGUUUCAAGCGUAAUUAUGGAGAUAGUUGUCAUCGAUUUGGAUCAUUAAAAAUUAUUGGCAAUAAUAAUAUAUUAAGAGAUUCAAUGGAAGCUUUUCGUGCAUUCGAACAUGGUUGUAAAAUAGCGAAACAAGGAAAAUGUUGUCAAGCUGCUGGACGUCUUAUUGCUGAUGGUGUAGUUAGUCAUACACCGAAUUUAUCUAUUGCAAUGCAAUUAUUCGAAUUAGGUUGUCAAAAUCAAACACCAGAAAGUUGUUUUCAUCUUGGUGGUGUAGCAAUGGUAUUAGCUAAAGACAGCGAUCAAUUAAGUCAUUCGGAAAAAUCGCUCAAUACUACUGAUAACAAUGGUAAUAGUAGUAGUAUUAGUAGUAAUAAUAAUAAUAGUCAACAAUUACUACGUAUUAAAGCAUUCAAUGCAUGGAUGGAAGGUUGUCGUUUAGGUCAUGAAUUUUGUUGUCGUAAUAUUGCAAAAAUGUAUUCUAAAGGUGAUGGUGUUGAAAUGAAUGAAUUGAAAGCGAAAGAUUUCCUAAUCAAAGCUGAUCAAUUGUCAAUACGUGAUGAAUUGAAAAAUACUACGUCUAUUGCUACUACUACUAGUACUGUGAAUAAAACUGAAACCGGAUCAUCUGUGUAAUCUAUAUGCAAAUCAUUUCAAUGUUAAUCUUCUUGAUUCUUGUCACACCCCACCCCAAGCCCCCCUUCACUGCACUGCAUUUUUCGAUGAUAGGAUUUAUUUUUGAAGAAGAAAAGCUGGCCAACUGUAAAACUAGACUAUUGAAUUGUGUGUAAUUUGUUAAUAAUGAAUUUUUUAUUAUUUUUCUGGAUAUCAAUUCAUGAUAAUCAGAUAUAUUAGUUUUAAUAAAUGUUGAAUAAUUAUUACUGA